UUUUUUUUUGUUUUUUUUACUCUAAAGGUCGGCUAGCUUGCAAGUUCUCGUUUUUGAGGGUGAGUGAGGGAGUUCUUCAUGGCCGUUGAUUCUCCUGACCGGAGAGACGUUGUCAUCAAGGUCGAGGGUGAUAAAACAACAACCAACACCAACAACAGCAAGAUUUGGCGAGAGUCAAGCUAUGAUUUUUGGCAAGAUAGAGACCGGAACAAAAACAACAACAUGAAGAAGAAGAACGGGGAAGAAGGGAAGAGUGGCGAAGAAGAGGGUGAUUUUGAUUUCAUGCAACGCGGUGCAGGAAUUGAAGAUCCACCCUCGAAGUUGAUUGGUCAGUUUUUGCAUAAGCAGAAAGCUUCAGGUGAGAUCUCUCUUGAUAUGGACUUGGACAUGGAUGAGCUUCAACAACAAGAGGCAGCGAGUGAAAAUAAUGGUAAUAUUAAUGUUUAUAAUUAUAAUGAGAAACAGACUUUACCAACCGUGGCUGAGUCGCCUACUUUGCAUAACAAAGAUAAUAGAGUUUCGUUUGAGUCUUUUAAAAGAAGGCAUUCUAAUUCUAACAGUAGUUAUAAAGAUUCCCCACAGAAAGAUUCUGAAGGAGAGGUUUUGAAGUGUACUUCAAACCGGUCGUUUGAUAGGGAUGUGUCCUUUAAUAGGAAGUCUAGAGUGUUGAUGACUAAGACGAAGUCUAGGUUGUUUGACCCUCCACAGGAUAGAGUUGAGCAGAAAUCUGGGAGAGUAGUGGGGAGAUCAGCUCAGUUGAAAAGUGGGUUUAUUGCGAGAAAUGCUGAAGAUGAAGAGGAUGAUCCAUUCUUGGAAGAGGAUUUGCCUGAUGAGUAUAAGAAGGAGAAAAUUAGUUUGUGGGUUGUGCUUGAAUGGUUAAGUUUGAUUCUGAUUAUAGCGGCGUUAGUUUCUAGUUUAACGUUUAAAUUUCUUAAGGGUAGGCAUUUGUGGAAGCUUGAACUGUGGAAAUGGGAGGUUUUGAUUUUGGUUUUGAUAUGUGGUAGGUUGGUGUCUAGUUGGAUUGUGAGGAUUGUUGUGUUCUUAUUCGAGAGGAAUUUCCUUUUGCGAAAACGGGUUUUGUAUUUUGUUUAUGGAUUGAGGAAGGCGGUUCAGAAUUGUCUUUGGUUGGGGCUUGUGUUGAUUGCUUGGCAUUACUUGUUUGAUAAAAAAGUUCAGAGGGAGACCAACAGUAAAGUUCUUCGGAUUGUAACUAAGAUCUUGGUUUGUCUUUUGGUGGGCGUACUGCUGUGGUUGGUGAAGACCCUUCUUGUGAAAGUUCUUGCAUCAUCUUUCCAUGUGAGCACGUACUUUGACAGAAUUCAAGAGGCAUUGUUCAAUCAAUAUGUGAUUGAAACACUUUCUGGUCCUCCUGUUAUCGAAAUACAAAAAGCAGAGGAGGAAGAGGAAAGAAUAGCGGUUGAGGUUCAAAAACUGCAAAAUGCAGGUGCUACUAUUCCCCCUGGUCUCAAAACAAGCGCCUUAUCAUCACCACAGAAUCCAAAGUUGAUGGGGAGUGGAAGGCUACAGAAAACUCCUCGUGGGGGAAAGAGUCCUAGGAUCUCUCGUGCACUUUCCAACAAGGAAGAAGAUGGGAUCACAAUUGAUCACUUGCACAAGUUGAACCAUAAGAAUGUUUCUGCUUGGAAUAUGAAGAGGCUUAUCAAUAUAGUCCGGUAUGGAUCUCUUACCACAUUAGAUGAACACAUACAAAAUUCAAGUCAAGCCGAUGAGUCUGGACCGCAUAUUAAAAGUGAAUACGAGGCAAAAGUUGCUGCAAAGAAAAUUUUCCAGAAUGUGGCUAAGCAAGGGUCCAAGUUCAUAUUCCUGGAGGACCUAAUGCGUUUCUUGCCAGAAGAGGAGGCUGAGAAGACCAUGAGUCUCUUUGAAGGAGCAUCUGAAAGCAAUAGAAUUAGCAAGUCGGCUUUGAAGAAUUGGGUGGUUAAUGUUUUUAGAGAGCGGAGGGCACUAGCGUUUACUUUGAACGAUACGAAAACAGCGGUCAACAGACUUCAUCAUAUGGUGAACACUUUGGUUGCAAUUAUCAUUGUGAUUAUCUGGCUCCUUAUAUUGGGAAUCGCUACCACCAAAUUUCUACUCUUUGUAAGCUCUCAGCUUGUUGUAGUGGCAUUCGUUUUCGGAAACACAUGCAAGACAGUAUUUGAGGCUAUCAUCUUUCUGUUUGUGAUGCACCCCUUUGAUGUGGGCGAUCGGUGCGAGAUUGAAGGAGUUCAGAUGGUAGUGGAAGAGAUGAACAUCUUAACUACUGUUUUCCUACGAUAUGACAACCAGAAGAUUAUUAUUCCAAAUAGUGUUCUUGCUACAAAGGCUAUUAGCAAUUACUACCGUAGUCCUGAUAUGGGAGAUGCAGUUGAGUUCUGCAUCCAUGUAUGUACUCCGGCAGAGAAGAUUGCUCAUAUGAAACAGAGAAUACUAAGUUAUGUCGACAACAAGAAGGAUCACUGGUAUCCACAACCAAUGAUCGUAUUUAAGGAACUGGAAGAACUAAAUAGGGUAAGGAUAGCAGUAUGGCUGACACAUAGAAUGAACCACCAAGACAUGGGAGAGAAAUGGUUGAGGAGAGCCCUCUUGGUUGAAGAAAUGGUCAAGAUUUUCAAGGACCUUGACAUCCAGUAUCGCUUAUACCCAAUCGACAUUAAUGUCCGUGCCAUGCCUUCCAUGCAUCCUAUGAACUCCGAUCACAUCUCUUCAAACCGGACAGCAAACCUCUAGCUGAGAGUGCCAUUUUUUGAAUAAUCUGAAGAAAGCAUUGUUUAAAGAAGCACAUUGGAAGUGCUUUUUCUAGAACCAGUUUUAAGUAAGGAGCUUUUGAUGAAGAGCUGAUGAGUUUGCGGGCACGUGAAUGUGAAGACAGUGAUGUACUGUCUUGUCUUCAGUUUUAGCACAAGCGUGUAGAUUUUGUUUGGCAUGAGCCGGGAGUAUUGACAUUUACAUUAGUAACCAAUGCAUGUGCUUUUGCUCAGAAAGCAUGUGUAGUGCUUUCUAGAGUCUAGACUUGUAGUUAAAAUAAAUUUGACUUUUAAGCCAAAAAAGUAGUUGGUGAAAUUUUCUUUUCCAUUUUAUUGUCUGCGGAAGAAAUAAAAGAGGGAAAACUUUUUUCGGUAUUGUAAAUUACAUGU